AUGGCGGCUGUGCUGAAGGCGGAAGCGGGGCAGUGCGCGCGGCCGUGCGUUGUGUGAGCCUCAUCCUGCAUGGACUCGUCGCCAUGAGCAACAAGGAGAUGGUUUCCACGGAGACAGAGAAUAAAGGACCGAGGAAGGUGUUCCUUCCUAACAAGCUGUUGGAGUGUCUCCCUCGUUUGUCCGGUCUUCCUAACGAGCGCCUCAGGUGGAACACUAACGAGGAGAUCGCCUCCUACCUGAUCUCAUUUGACAGACACGAUGAGUGGCUCUCCUGCACCCUGAAAACCAGGCCGAAGAACGGCAGCAUCAUCCUGUACAACAGGAAGAAGGUGAAGUACAGGAAGGAUGGCUACUGCUGGAAGAAAAGGAAGGAUGGGAAAACGACAAGAGAGGACCACAUGAAGCUGAAGGUCCAGGGCAUGGAGUGCCUGUAUGGUUGCUACGUCCAUUCCUCCAUUGUGCCGACAUUCCACAGACGAUGCUACUGGCUGCUGCAGAACCCUGACAUUGUGCUGGUCCACUACCUGAACGUGCCGUCCCUGGAGGAUUCUGGGAAAUGCAGUCCGCUGCUGUGUGCGGUGGCCGACCGCCACGACAGCGUGAGGUGGAGCAGAGACGAGCUGCUGAACCAGCUGAAGCCCAUGUUUCACAGUAUCAAGUGUUCGGUGGGUUCUGGUGAUUUCAGUAUCGAGGAGUUGGUUCAGCACAUUCUGGACCGACAGAGAACCAAACCACAGCCGCGCACACACGCCUGCCUCUGUAACACUGCCCAGGUAUCUUCAGGGGUGAACAUUCCCCACCGCUGUAACAGCACCAAGCAUCGCAUCAUCUCCCCCAAACUGCCUCCCUCCUCCUGCAGACCCUCCCCCUCUCCGCUCUCCUCUGAGACGGGGGAGGCAGGGAGAGGAGGAGGAGGGGGAGGAGAAGCCAAACUGCCCCACCUGCAGGCUCAGAGCAGCCCUGUGUCGUCUCCCUGCCCCUCGUCCACCUCGGCCUCGUCUCCCCCACAGUCUCACAGGGCCACCAUCACCAUGGGUAACCACAGCAACGGCUUCUACGACCACCGCGCCAACCUGACCACGGUAGCGCUGCCGCAGAACGCCGUCAUCGUCAUGGCGACAACCAUCGCAGGAGGCGCCGGGGGAGGAACGGGAGGUGGGGCCAGAGGAGAGGAGGCGGGGCCAGGGAGGAGCCUGUCACUCACUCACUCGGGACAGUUACUCCUCUCACCCGCCCUCCCUGCUCCUGCACCUUCCUCCCCCUCCCCUCCCUCCUCCUCCUCACCCGCUCCUCCCUCUCUCCCGCCUCCUCCUGUCCCGGCGCCAGGGGUGGCCACCCUUUCCCUCACCCUCCUCCCCUCCCCAGUCAUCGGAGGCCUGCUCCUCACCCCCUCCUCCUCCAACACCUCCUCCUCCAUCUGUUCCCCUCCCCCUGCUGCUGCCGCCUCCCCUCCCUCUCCCCCUUCCUCCCCUUCACCACCCCCGCCUCCCUCAUCCCUCCCGCCAGCCUUUGACCCCGACUCCUUCCUCAACUCCCCCAAACAGGGUCAGACGUACGGUGGCCCGCCUCCCCCCUCCUCCACUCCCUCCCCCGUCCUCUGCUCCUCAUCCCCUCUCUCCCCCAUCGCUCGCUCUCUCCCUCUCCCCCCCACCUCCACCCCUCCCUCCUCAGUCUCCCCUCCCUCCUCGCUCUCCUCCUCCUCUGAGGCGGACAGGCGAGACUCCACCCACCCCCUCUCUUCCUCCUCCUCCUCCUCCCCGCCCUCAUCCUCCCUCCCUCCCUCACUCUCCCUGUCUCCCUCCUCCUCCGUGGCUCCGCCCCUCCUCCCCCUCUGCCUGGAGCUGGGAGCUCUGGGGGAGUCGGCGGGAGGGCGGGAGUCUGCGGGGGGAGAUGAAGAGGAGGUGAAAGACAGGAAAGACGAUGAUGAUGAUGAUGAUGAUGAUGAUGAUGAUGAAGGCAGUGCUCCUCCCACCAAGCUGGCUCUGCUGCAGACAAACCACGCCUCCUCCAGCUUGUCUCCACGGCAACAGACGGGAAGCAGCAUGGCGUCUCUGCUCCUGGUUUGUCAGGACUCGACGAUCCAACCCGCCCAGCUGCCCAAUCAGACGAAGCGACCGGGCGACGGGCAGCAGCCGUUGGUCUUGGGACCGCCCUACACCCACCUGUCUGCGCCUGAAGCUCCGCCCCUCGCUCAGCUGUCCCAUCAGCCCCUGCUGCUGCAGCAGAGUCAGCCGGUGUUUGCUAAAGCUAAUGUGGCGUCCGUCGGCCCGGGGAGCGGCCCAGCAGUUGUCGCCAUGGAUACCUCGCACGUGGUGACGACCAUCCAGGUGAAGGAGGAGAGUAGGCGGGGCUACGACUCGGAGGAGACCUGCAUGGACACGCACCUGGAGGAGCAGGAGGCGGAGCCCUGCGAGCGCGGAGGGGAGGAGCUCGACAUCUCCUUCGACAGCCAGUUCCCUGACCUCAUCUCUGACCUCAUCACGGAGGAGGCCAACCCCGUCACCGCUCACCCCGCCUCCUCCGCCGCCGCCAAUACGCCCAACCCGCCCGUGUUCCCGGCGGGGGUCCGCUACAUGGUGCCCCCGCAGCCCUCGCCCUCCUCCUCCUUCCUUCCCUUUCCUCACCCGCUGCCCUCGUCCUCCUCCACCCGCCUCGCCUCCAUCACAGACUUCUCCCCCGAGUGGUCGUACCCCGAGGUAACUCUGAGAGUAACUGAGGGGGGUGUGAAGGUAUUGAUAACAGGGCCGUGGAGUGAGCUGUCGGGUCGAUACUCGUGUGUCUUCGAUCAGAGUACCGUCCCUGCGUCACUGAUCCAACCCGGAGUGCUGCGCUGCUACUGCCCCGCGCACGAGGCCGGUCUGGUGUGUCUGCAGGUUCUGGAGUCCGGAGGUUCGGUUUCCUCUUCGGUUCUGUUCGAGUACCGAGCGAGGAACGCCAGCUCUCUGCCCAGCUCGCAGCUCGACUGGCUCUCAUUGGACGAUAAUCAGUUCAGGAUGUCCAUCCUGGAGCGGCUGGAGCAGAUGGAGCGUAGGAUGGCAGAGAUGGCCGCCCGCGACAACCACAACCAGCAGCAGCAGCAGCAGCAGCAUCAUUAUAAUCAUCAUCAUCAUCAUCAGCAACAACAUGGCAGCCAGCUGGCCACGCCCCCUCCUCCACCUCUACCUGAGGACCAUGAACAGUCCUCUCAGUGGUUCGAGAGGAGGAUUGUGGGAGUGUGUGAGCGGAUGAUGAGAGGAGGACGGUGGGGAGGAGGAGGAGGAGGAGGAGGAGGAGGAGAGAGGCUUCAUCACUCUGUGCGUCACCGUGGGAUGACGCUACUCCAUCUGGCUGCUGCACAGGGAUACACUCACCUGAUACACACUCUGAUCCACUGGAGGAGUGUAAACAGCGACAGUUUGGACUUGGAGCAGGAAGUCGAUCCUCUCAACAUUGACCACUUCUCUUGCACCCCGCUGAUGUGGGCGUGUGCUCUGGGCCACCAGAGGGCAGCAGAGCUCCUGUACGGCUGGAACAGUUCGGCACUGGGGAUCCCUGAUUCGCUGGGACGGCUGCCGCUCGCCGUGGCUCGCUCCCGAGGACACACCCGCCUCGCCACGGCGCUGGAGGAGCUGCACACGCACACACACAUGACACCCAGGGACACGCACACGCCUUCAGCUGACACACACACGCCGGCCACGCCACAACCCCAGCAGCCCCCGUCCCCCCUGUCCACCAGCCCGGACACAGGUCUGAGCUCCUCCAGCAGCCUCCCCUCCCCCAGCGACCCCUCCUCACCCUCCCCGAGCUCCGCCUACUCCAGCGGACCCGCCCCUAUGGACACCUCCCCCUCCUCCCCAUCAUCUCCUUCCUCAUCCUCUUCCUCGCUGCCCGUCUCCCCUCCCUCCCCCUCCUCCCUCCCCCUCUCUGCCCUCCCUCCUGUGUCUAUGUGGGGGGAGGAGCCGAACGUCGGGCUGAGCACAGGUUUGAACCCCGGCGGUUCCAGAGACUCUUCUCUUUACCUCAUGGACUACGAGAGCGCCUGCUCCUCCUCCCCCGGACACACACACAGUUACCUGCACGCGGCAGGCGGGCGGCGGCCGCACAUGGCAACAACGCUGGCAGAGCAGCUGCUGAGCUACAGCGAGAAUGCAGAGAACGAAGGCGAGGAGGAGGAGUACCUGGAGGAGGAGGUGCUGCAGGUUGACAUGGCAACGCUGGCAGAGCAAAUCAUUGAGGCGACCCCGGAGCGAAUCAAACAGGAGGACUUCCCCAGGGGGGCGGAGUCUCCGCUCAGAGAGAGGCGGGACAACCCGGCCAUACAGGACACCUGGCUGGCUACCUACUUGGACACGGUCGACGCCCACACACACUCCCCGCCCAGGCGGGUGUGCCCCCCCUCGCCCCUCAGUGCUCUCGCCCUCCAGAGGCUCCGCCCCCCGUCCUCUGCGGCGUGGGCGGAGUUCCUGAACGCUUCGGCCAAUGGGAAGAUGGAGAGAGACUUUGCCCUGCUGACGCUGACAGACGGAGAGCAGAGGGAGCUGUACGAGGCCGCCAGGAUCAUCCAGAACGCCUUCAGGAGAUACAAGGGUCGGAGGUUAAAGGAGCAGCAGGACAUGGCUGCAGCCGUCAUACAGAGGUGUUACAGGAAGUACAAACAGCUAACAUGGAUAGCUCUGAAGUACGCUCUGUAUAAGAAGAUGACCCAGGCAGCCAUCCUGAUCCAGUCCAAGUUCAGGUCUUACUACGAGCAGAAGCGUUUCCAGCAGAGCCGGCGUGCGGCGGUCCUCAUCCAGCAGUACUACCGCAGCUACAAGGAGUACGAGAGGCUCAAACAGGCCCCGAGGGGCGCCGCCAGCCACAACCCCAAGAUCAAGGGGUCGUUUUUGACGAAGAAACAGGACCAGGCAGCGAGGAAGAUCAUGAGGUUCCUGAGACGCUGCAGACACAGGAUUAAAGAGCUGAAGCAGACGAGGGAGCUGGAGAGGAGAGGACUGACCACUUAAACCACCUCCUCCCUCCUUUCUCCUCCAGCAGAGAGGAGGAGACACCAACGACUGACUGAGAGAAGAGCAGAGUGACGGAGAGAUGCCUUACCCCAUGCCAACUCUUUUCUUCUUCUAUGGAUCUAUCUGUCUGUCUGUCUGUCUGUCUCUCCUGGUUGAAUGUAGCUGUCUGUCUGCAGCUUUAAGAGCUUCAUUGACAGAGCUCUGUCAGUACAGAGUGCGUCCAGUUAAACACUACACUGAACCACUGUUUACAUUCUCACUGAGAUAACCCCGAGCUUCAGCUGCAGAUGCAUGCUGGGAUACCUGUAUCCUCCAUUAAAGGUUGUUCAGCUGUGUGGACAAUCUCUCCUAGGAGGCAGCGCUCGGGGCACAACCAGCCCGGGAGCUCCUCCGUCAGCCUGUCCCCUCCUCCCACGAUUCACUGCUGUCCUCCUGCGAAGGUCGGGGGUCGAGGGUCACAGGACGCUGCGUUUGAGGGUCAGCAGACUGUAGGAAAGUCAGACGCUGUGUCAGAUUGUGGAGUUGAAAAUGUACAUGAUUUUAACAAAGCUACUAUAAAUAUAUUUAAACACAAUCACAUCUAUAAACAUAUAUAUAUAAAUAUAUAUAUAUAUUCUAAUGUUGACUUUA